UGAUAUUGUAACAUAACAUAUUUGAAUCUUUGUCACUCUAAUUUGGUGUUCCUCUAGUUGCGGUUGUUGGAUUGCAUGAGAUCCUUGUUUAGGUGCGGCACAGUGCACCUUCACUCAUGCACCAUCACCAUGCCCACUCCAAUCCUCACCCCUUUUCCUCCCAACCAUGGAACACUUAAACCCGCUCUUCAAUCCUUAACCCUCCUUUUCACUCACCCACUCGCAACCCCCUCGCGUCUCGAACACGCGCAUUCCCUCCUCCUCGAUCUCUGCGCCGCCGAGAAAGCCCUCCCACAAGGCCAACAAUUGCAUGCCCGUUUGCUUAAAUCUCACGCUUCUGCGUUUCUGGCCACCAAGCUUGUCCACAUGUACGGGAAGUGUGGUUCUUUGCAUGAUGCAGUGAAGGUGUUCGAUGAAAUGAGCGAAAAAACUAUUUUUACCUGGAAUGCCAUGAUGGGUGCGUUUGUGUCGAGUGGUAAAUAUCUCGAAGCUAUUAAGUUGUAUAAAGAGAUGAGACUCCUUGGGGUGGCGCUAGAUGCUUGUACUUUUCCCUCUGUGCUUAAAGCAUGUGGUGCUCUUGGUGAAAGCCGCUUGGGCGCUGAAAUCCAUGGCGUGGCGGUUAAGUGUGGAUAUGGUGAAUUUGUGUUUGUGUGCAAUGCGCUUAUUGCUAUGUAUGCGAAGUGUGGUGAUCUUGGUGGGUCUAGGGUGUUGUUUGAUGGGAUUAUGAUGGAGAAAGAGGACACUGUGUCUUGGAAUUCUAUUAUUUCGGCACAUGUGGCAGGAGGGGAGUGUUUGGAGGCUUUGUCGCUUUUUAGAAGGAUGCAGGAGGUUGGUGUUGCUAGAAAUACGUAUACUUUUGUUGCAGCUCUUCAGGGUUGUGAGGAUCCCUCAUUUGUUAAACUGGGUAUGGAGAUACAUGGUGUUGUAUUGAAGUCUAACCAUUUUGCUGAUGUCUAUGUUGCCAAUGCUUUGAUAGCUAUGUAUACUAAAUGUGGUCGAAUCGGGGAUGCUGAAAGAGUUUUUGGAAGUAUGUUCUGGAGGGAUUAUGUAUCUUGGAAUACAUUGCUUUCCGGUUUUGUUCAAAAUGAGCUAUAUAAUGAUGCUCUAAGUUACUUCCGGGAAAUGCAGGAUUCUGGCCAAAAGCCUGACCAGGUGUCAGUGUUAAACUUGAUUGCGGCGUCUGGGCGAUUGGGUUGUUUAUUGAAAGGGAAGGAAGUUCAUGCCUAUGCAAUAAGAAAUGGAUUGGAUUCCAAUUUGCAGAUUGGGAACACUUUGAUAGAUAUGUAUGCCAAGUGUUCUUGUGUGAAAUAUAUGGGUCAUGCUUUUGAAUGUAUGCCUGUAAAAGACUUUAUUUCUUGGACAACUAUUAUUGCCGGCUACGCACAGAAUGAAUUCCAUCUGGAAGCAAUAAAUUUGUUCCAGAAGGUUCAGCUGGAAGGGAUGGAUGCUGAUCCCAUGAUGAUUGGAAGCCUUUUGCGGGCUUGUAGUGGGUUGAAAUCUAGAAACUUAAUCAAAGAAAUUCAUGGUUAUGUUUUGAAAAAAGAUUUAGCUGAUAAAAUGCUACAAAAUGCCAUGGUCAAUGUAUACGGAGAGGUGGGGCAUAUAGAUUAUGCAAGACGUGCAUUUGAAAUAAUUAAAUCCAAGGAUAUUGUGUCUUGGACCAGUAUGAUUACCUGUUGUGUUCAUAAUGGACUUCCAGUUGAGGCUCUUGAACUUUUUUGCUGUCUAAAACAAACUAAUAUUCAACCUGAUUCUAUAGCUCUCAUUAGUGCACUCUCUGCCACUGCGAGUUUAUCUUCAUUGAAGAAAGGGAAGGAGAUUCAUGGAUAUCUGCUUAGGAAGGGUUUCUUCUUGGAGGGACCAAUUGCUAGCUCCCUGGUGGACAUGUAUGCUCGCUGUGGAACUGUGCAGAACUCAACAAAGAUAUUUAAUUCUGUAAAACAGAGAGAUCUAAUUUUAUGGACUUCUAUGAUUAAUGCAAAUGGAAUGCAUGGAUGUGGAAAUGAGGCCAUUGCUUUAUUCAAGAAAAUGACUGAUGAGAAUGUUAUUCCUGAUCAUGUAACCUUUUUGGCUUUAUUAUACGCAUGCAGCCAUUCAGGAUUGUUGGCUGAAGGUAAGAGGUUUUUUGACAUCAUGAAAUAUGAAUAUCAAUUGGAACCCUGGCCAGAACAUUAUGCCUGUGUGGUUGAUCUCCUUAGCCGUUCCAAUUCCCUGGAAGAGGCUUACAAUUUUGUGAGAAACAUACCUAUUAAACCUUCUUCUGAAGUCUGGUGUGCUCUACUUGGGGCAUGCCGCAUUCACUCUAAUAAAGAAUUAGGAGAGCUGGCAGCAAAGAAGCUCUUACAAUCAGAUUCAGAGAAUUCAGGAAAAUAUGUACUGAUAUCAAACAUCUUUGCAGCAGAUGGAAGAUGGAAUGAUGUUGAAGAAGUGAGGUUGAAAAUGAAGGGAAAUGGGUUGAGGAAGAAACCAGGGUGUAGUUGGAUUGAGGUUGAGAAUAAGAUUCACACCUUCACGGCAAGGGACAAGUCUCAUCCACAGUCUGAUGACAUUUAUCUAAAAUUAGCCCAGUUUACAAAACUUUUGGAGAUAAAAGGAGGCUAUAGAGCUCAAACUAAGUUUGUGUUUCACAAUGUUAGUGAAGAAGAGAAAACGCAGAUGCUAUAUGGACAUAGUGAGAGAUUGGCACUUGGUUAUGGUCUGCUUGUUACUCCAAAGGGUACUUCUAUUCGAAUCACAAAGAACCUUAGAAUUUGUGAUGAUUGUCAUACAUUCUUUAAGAUAGCAUCAGAAGUCUCCCAACGGACCCUUGUUGUAAGGGAUGCCAACAGGUUCCAUCAUUUCCAAAGAGGGCUCUGUUCGUGUGGGGAUUUCUGGUGACUGAAUACCUUGAUUAUUUUAUGUAAAUAGAUACAGCACACAUCUCUCAUCUCUGGUUCCUUCCUGUUGGAGGCAGUCGCCAAAAUUUAUCUUUCGAGAUUUUGCCAGCUUCUUUAUAGUGUCUUAAUCAAAGACAUAAGAACCUAGAUAAACAAUAGAGAUGAGAAAACGGGUCACUUCAGUCCAUUUAGGCUUGUCCCUCAUCAGUUUACCAAAAAUGGGUUGGAUUGUGUUGGUCGCAAAACAAAAAUGAGCUGAACAUUCUGACUCUUUAUGCUUAAGAAUGGGUC